UCACCAUCAGCGUCCUCAUCAGUACCAGCCGCAGCUGCAGCAACAUCAGGAGCCAUACCAGAAAUGCAUGCACCAGAAGAUUCCCCGUCAGCAAUGAAGGGGCUUCAAGAGCUCAGAGCCAUGACCACAGCGCAGCAAGUUAAGGUCUAUGCCCGUCUAGAGGAGCUGUUUCAUCACCUCCAGACAUCCCGACUGCCGGAGGAAGUGCCUUCUUCGCAGGCUUCGCAGCAGCAGGAGCGAAGGGAGUCUCCUACGCCACUGCUGCUCAAUCCAGAGUGGCUGCAGCAGCAGAAGGAAGCAGUUUACGGAGCUAACCCCUACCCUAUUCCUCUCCGCUGGAAGCAGACGGAUCUGACGUCUGCCCCCCCACGGCAGCCGCAGACGCGCGAGGCAAGGCAGCACCUAGAGAUGCUGCCUUCCAGCUCCUCAGUCGACGAGGCCCCCUGCGUGCUGCGGCGCAGACAAGUGAUCAUAGAGGGCUGCAUCUGGAGGCGUCUGACCGUCGAAGUGCAGCAACAGCUGCAGCAACUUGCGGCAGCAGGACGGGGAAGUGACUCUGGCCCCGCCAAACGGCUGUGGAUACCUUGGGUUCGUGAUAUGGCAGAGCCGAUAGCUGCGCUGCAGCAGCGAGAACGGUAUGCACCGGCAGCAGCUGCUGCUGCCACAGCUGCUGCUGCAGCCUCACAGGAAGGGGGGCCUGCUGCGCCCUCUGCAGCGGCUCCAGCGGCGGAAUUCGAGGGCACGGAAGCCUGCCUGCCGCAGCAGCUGGACCCCUUGCUGCUGGCUGUCAUUGCAGCGCGCACUGUGCUGCAGCAGUUGCUGCUCCCCAAGGCUACAGCGCCUACUGGGCCCGUUAGCAAAGGUCGCGAGGUUUCUGCAUGCGCCUCGGUUGCGGCAGUUGCGGUGCAUGCGGGGGCAUCCAACGGAGUCGCUGCCGCGGAGCGGGGGGGGCCGGAGCUGCAGCAGCGGCAGGCACGUGUGACGCAGAUCGCAAUGGCCAUAGGCGACGCAGUGCAUGCAGAGGUGGCAGCCGGCUUCCUGGAGGGGCUGCAGCAGCAGCACCAGCAGCAGUUGGGGCAGUGCUACUUGCCGCUGCGCAAGCCUCAGCAGCCGAAGCGGCAGCACAGCAGCAGCAGCAGCACUCCCGCGGGGGCAGCCACCCCGGUGAUGGUGCCUCGAUGGCCUUCCAGGCGAAGAUUGGAGGUGGGGGGACUCCUGCUGCAGUUGCUGCUGAAGCAUGCGAUGAUCGAGGCUCCAUACGCAGUGGCGAAGGAAGAGCUGGCGUCUGAGCUGCAACAGCAGCGCGCUGAGCAGCAGCGGAUUCGGCUUAGCCAGCGUCGCAAGCAGCUCCAACAGCAGAAGCUUGAGGAGGAGCAUCGGCAAGGCGCAACAGCGGCGGAGUCUGGAGGUCUCGAGACUGCUGAGCAGAUCGUCGCAUCGCGAGAAGCGCAAGCAGCAGCGGCUGCCGCGGCUGCUGCAGAGGAAUCCGCUGCAGUGGCUGCAGAGCUCACAGCCGACUCGACGCCAGCAGACUCCGAGGUGUUUGUUCCCGUCAGGGGGCGAACGGCAGACGAGUUGCACCACAUGGUGGCAUACAAGUCAAGGCACGGCCACGACAAGGUGGAGCUGCCCGCAUUCCGGCACCGCGUGAUUUACUGUCCAAAGCGGAGGAAGAAAUUCGGAGUCAUUGAGAUGCGAAGGCUUUGUUUCGAUCGGCUUACGGCGGUUGGAGGGGCGCUGGAGGAGGCGGCAGCAACCGCUUGCGCGGUUGCUGCUGCAGCUGCUGCACGGGAGGCUCCGGGUGCUGCAUGCAGCACAUCCUCCCUUGCCGCAGCAAGCGAUCAAGCCACUGCUGCUGCAGCUGCUUGUCCGUCAGGAAGUUCUUUGCAAGGGGUCGCAACAGCGGGGGACCGGGGCCCUGCAGGAAAGUCUGCGAGGCUGGAUAGAGGGACAGAUGCCGCGGCGGCAGAAGCAGCAGCAGUUGCUGCCGCCGCUUCUGCGAGUGUCUCGACAGCUGCGGACCGCCUCUCCUCCCCCUUCUGGCUCAUGCUGAAGCAUGUGCCGAUGAUUGUAUCUCCGACGCCUUGGACUUCAUACGGCAGCGGCGGUUACUUGAUGCUGCGUACAGCAUUCGUGCGGAGUGUAUCCGACACGGACUCCAGCAGCAGUGGCAGCAGCAGUGGCAGCAGCAGUGGCAGCAGCAGUGGCAGCAGCAGUGGUAGCAGCAGUGGUAGCAGUGCAUCAGAUUACUGUGUGGAAGGGGCAAAGGCCUCAGCCUCCUGUGAGUUGCCUGAGGGCGCUGCAGUCGCUCCAGCACACAAGGCGAAUGAAGCCAGCGGCACGCACGCCUGUGGCAACGGCGGCAAGAAGAGCAGCAGCAGCAACAACAAUAACAACAUCAAGAAGCGCAGUGAAAUCUACUUAGGAUGGGGCCCUCGCGCGAAAGCCUGUCAGGAUUUUCGGGUGUACAACACUGCAGUGGUUCGUUCGGCAGUUUCUUGCCUAGGAAGCGUCCCUUGGCAAGUGCAUGUUGGCGUCUUGGAAGUGCUGAAGGCUGCGUGGGCUGCAGGUGAAGGCAUGGGAAAGAUGCCUCCCCGCCACUCCGUCCCCCUUUCCGAGCAGCUGCUGCAGCACGAAGCGCAGCAGCAGCAGCAGCAGGAGACCAGCAGCAGCGGCGGCAGUGGGGGCAAGACUGAGAGUCGUGCCGUGUUGCUGCGAUAUUUGCUGCAGCAAGAGACGCGUGUGAAGAGCGAGCGCCCGUCUUUCUUGCUGAAGUUACAGACGGCCGAAAACUUUGCGCUUUCUUCUGCCCUGUACUUCCCGCAUAACAUUGAUUUUCGGGGUCGCUGUUACCCACUGCCUCCGCAUCUGAAUCAUAUGGGAGAUGAUGUCUCAAGGUCUCUGCUGCGGUUUGCUCGGGGGAGACAACUUGGAGACAGUGGCUGGCGCUGGCUGCGCAUUCACCUUGCGAACCUCUUUGGGAAAAACAAAAUCGACUUCGAUGCACGAUGUGCCUGGACGGACAGCCGCAUGCAGCAGAUCCUUGCCGCAGCACAGCAGCCCCUGCAGCACAAGGCCUUUUGGUUAGCAGCAGACGAACCGUGGCAGGCUCUAGCGGCUAUCAUGGAGACAGCCGCUGCUGUCGCCUCAGGUGACCCCACCACCUUCUGUAGCAAGCUGCCUGUACACCUGGACGGCACGUGCAAUGGCCUGCAACACUAUGCGGCCUUAGGAAGAGAUCUUCGAGGGGGAGCUGCCGUGAACCUUGUACCUGCCGAUACACCCCACGACGUCUACUCCCUCGUGUUGCAUGUGGUAAAGCAGAACGUCAGUCGCAUUGCUAGCGGCAGCCCAGACCCUGCACCAGGAGGCGACGUGGCGAUACAGCAGCAGCAGCAGCAGCUCACGGUGCAACAGAAGAAGCGUGUGGCCGCCACUGCGCAGCAGCAACAACAGGAACGGGAGCAGCAGCAGGCGAAGCGGCGUGAACUGGCGCGUCUUUGCGAAGUGCAUGGGGUGUUGCAGCGCUCAGUGGUAAAGCAGACCGUCAUGACUGUAUGCUACGGCGUCACUGCGCUAGGAGCAAGAGAUCAGGUGCUGUCGCAACUAGAAGACCUUCUAGGGGGCCGUGUGGGGCCUCAGGUACUGCGGGAUAUGGGCGGCUUCCUGUCGCGCAUUGUGCUGCAGUCUAUUGGUGAACUGUUCAGGGGGGCCAUGCAGACGAAGAAGUGGCUGGAUACUGUCUCAAGUGUAUGUACAGCUGCGGGGGUCCCUGUGGCGUGGGAAGUCCCCGCCAUAGGACUUUUGUGCGAGCAGCCCUACCGAUCUCUCCAGCAACAGCAAAUUCGUUCCGCAUUGCAGCGGCACACGUUGCACGUCUCAGGAGACAGCGCGCCUAUCAGCAGGUCUAAGCAACGCCUGGGAUUUCCUCCGAACUUCAUUCAUAGUCUCGACGCUGCUCACAUGAUGCUUACGGCUCUCGAGUGUAUCGGCAGCCGGAAGAUCGACAUGGCCGCCGUCCACGACUCCUACUGGGCGCAUGCAGGAUCUAUAGACUGUUUGGCCAGCGCAUUGAGGCAGCAGUUUGUGUCGCUAUACCAGCAUGACCCUCUGCAAAUGCUGUACGACAGCGUUAAACAGAGGCUCCCGAAGCAGGCAGCAGAGCUGCCACCACCACCCACUAAGGGCAAUCUAGACCUGCAGUUGGUCCUGAAAAGCCCAUACUUCUUCCAUUAA